AUGUCCACGCCCACGCCUCAUCGGCCCAGCUCGGAGCCAGAGCUAGCAGCAGUAUAUCCGGCAAUCCCACACGGCGAAUUGGGCACCAUCUUUUAUUCCUUUUUCUUUCUUUUCGCCACGGGCUAUUAUUCCCUAUGUAAACUCGACUCACAAACACUCACCACCAAUCCCAGCACCAACGCCCACGGAAUGAGAAACGCUUCACACUUUCGCAAGGCAAGCACUGCUGGCCAACGGAAUGGAAUCAACUCAACUCCCCCAUACAAUACCCCUCAUACACAUCACAUCACAUCACAUCUAUCCGCCCCCGGGCUCAUGACCAUGUUACCGAUGAGCCCUGUAGGGAAUAG